AUGUACGCACAUCGAACUGUUCGCUUCAUGAAAGAUGAAAAUGUGGGAAAUUUUAUACAAAAUUUGCUUGAAAGUGACGAAAACAAUGAAAUUGGCAUUGUCAAGGUCGUUCCUGAAUAUGAAGUGAAGACAAAGAGUUUGGGUGUUUUUUAUGAAAUUCCAUCGGCGCAUCGCCAAUACGUUGAGAAAAUCGGAACGAAUGACGCUUGUGUAUUUGAAAUGUCAGGCUCAGCUACAAUCGAAGAUGGCGCUUGGAAAGAUCUUCAAAAACGCAGCCAAAAGAAAUGCCGUGCCUCCAACAAACAGCCGGUCUACGCAAUUAACAUUCGCGACACAUUGUUCCAUGAGGAUGAACCUUGGAAUUUCAACAAUUUUGGCCCUUCACAUUCAAUAAUCCAUGGACAGAAGCAAAAUCUUAUGAAUGGAAUACAAAAUUCAUAUAUCAACAUAGGAAUGUUUUGCGAAACAGUUUACCGUCACAAGUGUUUCCUCGUUGAUGAAAAUUUGCUGUUGAAACAUCAUAUCAAAUAUACGAAACUUAUACAAUAUCCUGGAGAGUUUAUCUUCACUUUAUAUGGCGCAUUUCACUGGGGAUGGAACGCUGGUUUUAACGUAUGCGAAUCAAUGAAUCUAGCAUCGCCGAAGUUCAAAAAAAUCUACGAAGAAGUAUCGCUUUGUAAAGCCACCUGUGAAUAUAGCGCGAUGCCAAUUCCAGUUCAUCAAAAGCUUGGCAAAUUAUUGCAACAAGCUAAUGAGUCACAAAUGCUAACUCUGCCGCCGCCGUCGCUUCAGCUGAGCGAUACUGAUUUUGCCACCAAUCCAAAUGAUAUGAUGGUCAUCGAAAAAUCCACUCACAACAUCACCGGAGCCGACAUGCUUCUCACAAUGAAUGUCAUCGAUUACUCACAGACACAUUUUGUGUAUGCAUUACAUCAGAUGAUCUCGAAGUUAAUUCGAUCGGAUUAUCGUCUAGGUCAUUAG